UCAUUCUUGAUCUUGUUCCUUUUGUGAACCCACACUCCUUUUUACCACCCAAGUCGCCAUAGCUAUCAAGACCGUCAAGAUGCUCAGACGCCAGGCCACCGCCAUUCAGCUUACGCAGGCCGACAUCGAGGCCUACGAGGCCAACCGCCAGCGCAAGCUCUUUGAACAGCAGCAGGCGAAGUCAUCCCAGACCUCUACCGAGUCUUCCCAGAACUCUGAAAACAGCCAGCAGCUCCCUCAGAAGAGCAAGAAGGACCGCGUCCUGGGAAACCGGUGAUUGGGUAACGCGCCGUUCGACGCGUCUUCUUGGCCGACUCGCGCUGUUCACUUUUGAGAGCACACCGUGCAACAAUUUACGCAUCUUGACCCAACG